CUGUGUGUACCAACGCUUUCAAUCGUCCAACCUAGGAUAAUCCACUACCCCGAUCUGUAUAUUGGUCUCGCCUAGACGUCAUGUUUGAAUCAAUUGAUCGCAAAAUGCUGUAUGUCAACACAUUAGUAUAAACAAGUACUACUGUUCCCUCAGUAGUGGUAACUCCCCAGAUGUCGUCCCCGCUUCCGAUACCUAUAGCUGACAUUCCCUCAAGGCUAGGAGCAACACUCGGAGCGAUUUUUAUUGGGGCUACAAUAGCUGCAGUCUUUUACGGAAUAACAGUUUUGCAGACCGUCGUGUAUUACAGACAAAACCCUAACGAUCCGUGGCUCUUUCGAUAUGCGGUCGCCGUACUGUGGAUAUUCGACACGCUUCAUGUCGGCUUGAGCACCCACGCCCUCUAUUUCUACCUUAUCAAAUCAUUCGGAAACUAUCCCACCCUGUUCACAAUCGUUUGGAGCUUUCCCCUGCAGUUGUUGUUUAAUAUGUUGAUUGCCACUAGCGUUCAAGCAUUAUAUGCAGUCAGAAUAUUGAAGUUUGGCCGACAUUUUCACGUAGUCAUGCCAUGGUUCAUUUUCCUUGCUGUUGCAGCAACCGUUGGUACAGGACUCUAUGUGAUUUACGAUACAUACACACUCUCAAGUAUUAUGGGCGUUUCGACUAUCAGGGCGUCCAUACACACGGAGUUCUCAGUUGUCGCGGUGGCAGACUUCGUCAUCACAGGGGCAAUGUGCUUUUACCUGCACAAAGGCAGGUCGAUGACUAGCUUCUCCAGUACUACCAAGAUAAUUAUUAGACUAAUGCGGCUUGUACUGGUAUCUGGGUUGGCAACAAGCGCGUGCUCACUAUUUACUCUCGUAUCGUACAUCGCCUGGCCAGAUACUCUCAUUUUUGUCACAAUCGACUUCGUUAUGCCAAAGCUCUAUAUAAAUUCUCUCCUCGCUAUGCAAGCUCAACUUGCGCCAGACUUCGAUGUGGUCUACCGGAAAAGGACGUUAUGCUCAGGAUCAAAAGAUAAUCAGAUUUGCUCCCCCCCCUGGUUCUGGAAGCAGAGACGAUCCAAGACAGACGAAUAUCACCAUCCCUGGCCUGUCUGUGACCGAAGAAGAUACAAUACAGACGAAUGUCACUCUACCUCUCUCUGCAACCCAAGGAAGGUUUUCGAGUAACAUCGGUGAUAUGUCAUUUGCUUAACAGUUCGUCCCACAUUGUUCGACACCCUCCCCUACGAUCCCAUCAUGGUUACAUAUCAGAGGGAGCGGAAGCAGCAUUCCUACCCAGUGCAUCACUUGCGACAUAAUGAUGUGGGAUCCUUGAUAUAUAUUCUACAGAAUUUUCAUUAUUUAAUCGACAGCAAGAAACUUGCUUUUCUAUCAAGCUUUCAAGUUGCAGUACAAAAUGAUAAAAUGAUUCAAAAAUCUAAGGCAGG